GGGUCUCCUUCUCUGAGGGCGUAUCCUCUCAUCUCCGUCAUCACCAGACAGCCCUCCGUGGUCCCUCACCUCGUCCCAGCUGCCACCAGCUCCCGUGUGCUGCCAGCCCAGCCUUCCUCAGGGACUGCGAGCUCAGAGACGCCUGCCAGCGAGACCCAUGCCAGCAGUGAGUCGGAGGCAGAGCAGCCCGCGCCUCGGUUAAAAAAGCCACGCCGGAGUAGGACCAUCUUCACGGAGCUCCAGCUGAUGGGCUUGGAGAAGAAAUUCCAGAAGCAGAAGUAUCUGUCUACCCCUGACAGGCUUGACUUAGCCCAGUCGUUGGGGCUGACUCAGCUCCAGGUGAAGACGUGGUACCAGAACCGUAGGAUGAAGUGGAAGAAAAUGGUACUGAAAGGUGGACAGGAGGCUCCGACAAAGCCCAAAGGCCGUCCAAAGAAAAACUCCAUUCCCACCUCGGAGGAAAUUGAAGCAGAGGAGAAAAUGAACAGCCAGGCGCAGAGUCAGGAGCUGGAGGGAUCUCAAGCUCCCGAGGAGCCUAAACUGACAGAGGAGAAGCCAGAAGUCUCUUUGGAGGCAGAGAAGUCUCCAGAACAUAUACCAGAGUCCUCCUCAGAGGAGACUACGCCAUUAAGUUAAGAGGGAAAGCAAGGAGGGAAAGGG